GACGCCACGCCCCUACAGGAGGAAAGGAUGGAGUGUGUGUGUCUGUGUGUGGGGAUGUGUGUUUAGGAAUAAACUUGGAGAGGAUGGGGCGACAGGGAUGGGUUUCCGGGCUGAGAAAUAGGAACACUGUGGGGCUGCUGCAAGCAGGACUUGGGCCUUAAACAUUCCAGGAGAGUGUUCUCUGGAGUAGCCCCGGGAAGGACUUUAACAGAGGUUGGGAAUUACAUCUCUGGCACAGUUUUGCAAGCGGAGGGGGAGCUUAGUCGAAGGAAAAGGAGCAAAGAAUGCAUGUAGAAGAUGCCAACAUCUCGGUCUGGAAAGGAUUCAUUAACUAGUUUAGUUGAAGAGGGCUGGUGGACUAAAACACUUAGCACCCUAAGAAGCUUGGGAGAUUCGAUUAUUAUGUUGCGCUUUAGACAGGCGGGCAGGAGAAAGGGCGUUCUUUUCUCGAUUUCUUCAAGACAGUCUCCGGUUACUUUUCUGUGGCGAGAAUGGGUUAACACGAAAAUCUGCCACCUGGGCCAUGCCGCUUCUAAGGCCUGUUUCUUAUGAACCUCUGCAGAAGACAGAUGGGCCAGUUCUCACAGUGGAUAACUUCCCCUGCCUGAGCAAGAGAUGGGAUAGUAUCCGGGAUCUGUCCAUCACCAGACUCUGAGCUUAAUAAGGCAGCUGAAUGAAGGGAGGUAACGGACCCCUGAGAGGGGCACUGAAGUCUGCAGUGGGGGGGGAGGGGCCUGGACACACCCCUUCCCCCCCAGACUCCUCCCCGUCAGGGUCAGCUCAGCCAUGGACUUUGGACCUGGAUAAGAAGAGAGAAGCUGCACUUUGGUGGAUCUGAUUUGGGAUUAUCGGUUUUGAAAAUGGAGUGUUGAAUGGGGGUUUGAUGAUCUCCUGGGGAGCAACUGAGACAAGAGGAAAGGUGCAUGGCUGCUUCCUAAUCCCAUAGUCCAGAGGAAGCAUCCCUAGGACUGCAGGCAAGGGAGCCGGGCAAGCCCCGGGCAGCCUUGAACCCUCCCCUUGCCUGCCCUCCCCCGUGGGGGCCAGGAUGCUGAAGAAGCAGUCUGCAGGGCUUGUGCUGUGGGGCGCUAUCCUCUUUGUGGCCUGGAAUGCCCUGCUGCUCCUUUUCUUCUGGACACGCCCAGCACCUGGCAGGCCACCCUCGGUCAGUGCUCUGGAUGACGACCCUGCCAGCCUCACCCGGGAAGUGAUUCGCCUGGCCCAAGACGCCGAGGUGGAGCUGGAGCGGCAGCGUGGGCUGCUGCAGCAGAUCGGGGAUGCCCUGUGGAGCCAGCGGGGGAGGGUGCCCACAGCGGCCCCUCCCGCCCAGCCGCACGUGCCUGUGACCCCAGCGCCAGCGGUGAUUCCCAUCCUGGUCAUUGCCUGUGACCGCAGCACUGUUCGGCGCUGCCUGGACAAGCUGCUGCAUUACCGGCCCUCGGCUGAGCUCUUCCCCAUCAUCGUUAGCCAGGACUGUGGGCAUGAGGAGACGGCCCAGGCCAUCGCCUCCUACGGCGGCGCCGUCACGCACAUCCGGCAGCCCGACCUGAGCAGCAUCGCGGUGCCGCCGGACCACCGCAAGUUCCAGGGCUACUACAAGAUCGCGCGGCACUACCGCUGGGCGCUGGGCCAGGUCUUCCACCAGUUCCGCUUCCCCGCAGCCGUGGUGGUGGAGGAUGACCUGGAGGUGGCCCCGGACUUCUUCGAGUACUUUCAGGCCACCUAUCCGCUGCUGAAGGCCGACCCCUCCCUCUGGUGCGUCUCGGCCUGGAACGACAACGGCAAGGAGCAGAUGGUGGACGCCGGCAAGCCCGAGCUGCUCUACCGCACCGACUUUUUUCCUGGCCUGGGCUGGCUGCUGCUGGCCGAGCUCUGGGCUGAGCUGGAGCCCAAGUGGCCAAAGGCCUUCUGGGACGACUGGAUGCGCCGGCCGGAGCAGCGGAAGGGGCGGGCCUGCAUCCGCCCCGAAAUCUCCAGAACGAUGACCUUUGGCCGCAAGGGUGUGAGCCACGGGCAGUUCUUUGACCAGCACCUCAAGUUUAUCAAGCUGAACCAGCAGUUUGUGCACUUCACCCAGCUGGACCUGUCCUACCUGCAGCGGGAGGCCUAUGACCGGGAUUUCCUCGCCCGCGUCUAUGGGGCUCCCCAGCUGCAGGUGGAGAAAGUGAGGACCAAUGAUCGCAAGGAGCUGGGGGAGGUGCGGGUGCAGUACACCGGCAGGGACAGCUUCAAGGCCUUCGCCAAGGCUCUGGGUGUCAUGGAUGACCUUAAGUCGGGGGUUCCGAGAGCUGGUUACCGGGGUAUUGUCACCUUCCAGUUCCGGGGCCGCCGUGUCCACCUGGCGCCCCCGCCGACGUGGGAGGGCUAUGAUCCUAGCUGGAAUUAGCCUGUCCUUCCUGGGCCCCUCCUUGCCACAUCAUGAGCUGAGGUGGGACCACAGUCCCCAGGCUGCAUCGGCCUGCCUGUGUUUCCCUCUUAGGUGCAUUUAUCUUUUUGAUUUUUCCGAGUGGCAUUUAAGUGCACAAAUGAUAAGGUGAGGAUUAUUCUCCCGUUCUCAAGGGAGUCAGAUCAGGGGAACUAUUCUAGGGUGUGUUGCGGGGUAUUAAGCAGGAAACCACUGUGUGGUAGGGGGACACUGGGCAUGUUGAGGCCAGAAAUGUCCAAGUCCUGAGUUUUCUCCUGGAGCAUGUGCAGAGAGUUUGGCAACGUUUGCUCUCUCUCCCUGACCUGGCUUUUCCAGCCAGGGCAUGAGGCCUCCUUCUAUACCUGUUCCCUUUCCCCCAGUGGGGCUGGGUUAUGGGAGAAGGGGACAUAUUUGUGGCCAAAAUGAUACUAACCAAAGGGGCUGCCUUGUCAGGGCCUGGUGGAGUUGGUGGGUCAUUGGGGCUCACUGCCUCCUGUCCUUCUCUCCUGUCUCUGACCCCCACAGCCCUUCUCUCCCUGCAGCCUAGCAGUUUAUCGUUCUGAGAUGGAAAGUUGAAGGGGGCAAGCAAGACCUCUCCUCAGCCCAUGCCCAGCUGUCAGGGGAGAGGUGCAGGGAGGAAGGCCUUGUGCUGGGCCAGCCCCUCUCUUGCCUUACCUCAGAGAGGGACUAUGCCCUGACCCUUCCUUUCUGAAAAUCAGUCCCCUCUCUGUUGCUCUAGGAGGCUCCUGCUGGCUUGGUAGAAGACAGAAUUCAAUCCGUGUGUCCCUUUUCCCUCUGGGGUUUGGCACACAGGCUCCUCCCUGCAGGCUGUGGCUCUGGUGGCCUUUCAGCAUGAGGUGGAGCAGUGACCAGAUGGAGCAGUGACCAGGACGCCUCUGGCCCAGUGCUGCCCAGCCUCCCUGCCCACUCCCAGGCGCCCCAUGUCCUCACAGGCCAGGAUGCCAUGCAGGGUGGAGAGGACUUGGUGGAUUUUUGUUUCUUGCCUGACCUCAGUUUCAUGAAAGAAAGUGGAAGCUACAGAAUUAUUUUCUAAAAUAAAGUAAAGGCUGAAUUGUCUGAAAAAUA